AUGGGGCGGGGCGAUGGAAAGCGGGAGAAUGGGGCGGGGCGAUGGAAAGCGGGAGAAUGGGGCGGGGCGAUGGAAAGCGGGAGAAUGGGGCGGGGCGAUGGAAAGCGGGAGAAUGGGGCGGGGCGAUGGAAAGCGGGAGAAUGGGGCGGGGCGAUGGAAAGCGGGAGAAUGGGGCGGGGCGAUGGAAGGAGGGAGAAUGGGGCGGGGCGAUGGAAGGAGGGAGAAUGGGGCGGGGCGAUGGAAAGCGGGAGAAUGGGGCGGGAAUGGGGCGGGGUGAUGGAAAGAGGGAGAAUGGGGCGAGGUGAUGGAAACCGGGAGAAUGGGGCGGGUGAUGGAAAGCGGGAGAAUGGGGCGGGGUGA